AUGGGAGCUCACCGGGCAUGCAGGAACACACCUGGAUACCCCCACGCUGGGCACAGCAGCAGGGACAGCAACCACACUUGCUACAGGGCUUCUGGUUACAGCAGCAGGGGUUACAGCCACACUUGCUGCAACAGUUCUUUGGCUUACAGCAGCAAGGGUCACAGCCGCACUGGCUGCAACAGGUUUUUUUCUUACAGCAGCAAGGGUUACAGCCGCACUUGCUGCAACAGCAGGACUUCUGGUUACAGCAGCAGGGGUUACAGCCGCACUUGCUGCAACAGCCGGACUUCUGGUUACAGCAGCAGGGGUUACAGCCGCACUUGCUGCAACAGCUCUUCUGUUCGCAGCAGCAGGGGGAACACCCACACUUCUUGCAACUGCACUGCUGGGUACAGCAGGGGUUACAGCUGUUCUGGUUGCAGCAACAUGGGUUACAUCCACAUUUGCUGCAACAGCAGGACUUUUGGUUACAGCAGCAUGGAUUACACCCGCAUUUGCUACAGCAGGAUUUUUGCUGACAGCAGCAGGGGUUGCAGCCACACUUGCUGCAGCAGCAGGACUUCUGGUUACAGCAGCAUGGAUUACACCCGCAUUUGCUACAGCAGGAUUUUUGCUGACAGCAGCAGGGGUUACAGCCGCACUUGCUGCAACAGCUGGACUUCUGGUUACAGCAGCAUGGAUUACACCCGCAUUUGCUACAGCAGGAUUUUUGCUGACAGCAGCAGGGGUUACAGCCACACUUGCUGCAACACUUCUUCUGUUUGCAGCAACAGGAAGAACAGCCACAUUUCUUGCAACUGCAUUGCUGGGUACAGCAGGGGUUACAGCUGUUCUGGUUGCAGCAACAUGGAUUACAUCCACAUUUACUGCAACAGGACUUUUGGUUACAGCAACAAGGGUUACAUCCACACUUGCUGCAACAGCAAGACUUCUGGUUACAGCAACAGGGGUCACAGCCACACUUGCUGCAACAGCAGGACUUCUGGUUACAGCAACAGGGGUUACAGCCACACUUGCUGCAACAGCAGGACUUCUGGUUACAGCAGCAGGGGUUACAGCCGCACUUGCUGCAGCAGCAGGACUUCUGGUUACAGCAGCAGGGGUUACAGCCGCACUUGCUGCAACAGCAGGACUUUUGGUUACAGCAGCAUGGAUUACAGCCACAUUUGCUGCAGCAGCUCUUCUGUUUGCAGCAGCAGGGGGAACAACCACACUUCUUGCAGCUGCGUUGUUGGCUACAGCAGGGGUUACAGCUGUUCUGGUUGCAGCAACAUGGGUUACAUCCACAUUUGCUGCAACAGCAGGACUUCUGGUUACAGCAGCAGGGGUUACAGCCACACUUGCUGCAACAGCCGCACUUCUGGUUACAGCAGCAGGGGUUGCAGCCACACUUGCUGCAGCAGCAGGACUUCUGGUUACAGCAGCAUGGAUUACACCCGCAUUUGCUACAGCAGGAUUUUUGCUGACAGCAGCAGGGGUUACAGCCGCACUUGCUGCAACAGCAGGACUUCUGGUUACAGCAGCAUGGAUUACACCCGCAUUUGCUACAGCAGGAUUUUUGCUGACAGCAGCAGGGGUUGCAGCCACACUUGCUGCAGCAGCAGGACUUCUGGUUACAGCAGCAUGGAUUACACCCGCAUUUGCUACAGCAGGAUUUUUGCUGACAGCAGCAGGGGUUACAGCCACACUUGCUGCAACACUUCUUCUGUUUGCAGCAGCAGGAAGAACAGCCACAUUUCUUGCAACUGCAUUGCUGGGUACAGCAGGGGUUACAGCUGUUCUGGUUGCAGCAACAUGGAUUACAUCCACAUUUACUGCAACAGGACUUUUGGUUACAGCAACAGGGGUUACAUCCACACUUGCUGCAACAGCAGGACUUCUGGUUACAGCAGCAGGGGUUACAGCCGCACUUGCUGCAACAACAGGACUUCUGGUUACAGCAGCAGGGGUUACAUCCACACUUGCUGCAGCAGCAGGACUUCUGGUUACAGCAGCAGGGGUUACAACCACACUUGCUGCAACAGCAGGACUUUUGGUUACAGCAGCACGGAUUACAGCCACAUUUGCUGCAGCAGCUCUUCUGUUUGCAGCAGCAGGGGGAACAACCACACUUCUUGCAACUGCGUUGUUGGCUACAGCAGGGGUUACAGCUGUUCUGGUUGCAGCAACAUGGGUUACAUCCACAUUUGCUGCAACAGCAGGACUUUUGGUUACAGCAGCAGGGGUUACAGCCGCACUUGCUGCAACAGCCGCACUUCUGGUUACAGCAGCAGGGGUUACAGCCGCACUUGCUGCAACAGCAGGACUUCUGGUUACAGCAGCAGGGGUUACAGCCGCACUUGCUGCAGCAGCAGGACUUCUGGUUACAGCAGCAUGGAUUACAGCCACAUUUGCUACAGCAGGAUUUUUGCUGACAGCAGCAGGGGUUACAGCCGCACUUGCUGCAACAGCAGGACUUCUGGUUACAGCAGCAGGGGUUGCAGCCACACUUGCUGCAGCAGCAGGACUUCUGGUUACAGCAGCAUGGAUUACACCCGCAUUUGCUACAGCAGGAUUUUUGCUGACAGCAGCAGGGGUUACAGCCGCACUUGCUGCAACAGCAGGACUUCUGGUUACAGCAGCAGGGGUUGCAGCCACACUUGCUGCAGCAGCAGGACUUCUGGUUACAGCAGCAGGGGUUGCAGCCACACUUGCUGCAGCAGCAGGACUUCUGGUUACAGCAGCAGGGGUUGCAGCCACACUUGCUGCAGCAGCAGGACUUCUGGUUACAGCAGCAGGGGUUACAGCCGCACUUGCUGCAACAGCAGGACUUCUGGUUACAGCAGCAGGGGUUGCAGCCACACUUGCUGCAGCAGCAGGACUUCUGGUUACAGCAGCAUGGAUUACACCCGCAUUUGCUACAGCAGGAUUUUUGCUGACAGCAGCAGGGGUUGCAGCCACACUUGCUGCAGCAGCAGGACUUCUGGUUACAGCAGCAGGGGUUACAGCCGCACUUGCUGCAACAGCAGGACUUCUGGUUACAGCAGCAGGGGUUACAGCCGCAUUUGCUGCAGCAGCAGGACUUCUGGUUACAGCAGCAGGGGUUACAGCCGCACUUGCUGCAGCAGCAGGACUUCUGGUCACAACAGCAGGGAUUACAGCCACAUUUACUGCAACAACUCUUCUGGUCACAGCAACAGGGACAGCAGCCACACUUGCCACAGCAGCCCUUCUUGA